AUGGCUGGUGAUCGAGGAUAUUCAGGUAAAGAUUUUACCGGAAACAACUUCGAAGAGUAUGACGACGAGGAGUACUGUGAUAGAGCAGAUGAUGAUGAUGACGAUGAAGAGGAAGAUGAUGAUGAAGAUGAUUAUAAAGAGGAAAAUGCUCGUCAGGAAACAGAAGAACAAGCACGAAUGCUACUUGAAAAAGCCAAGACAUCCAAGGUUGUUUUUGUCGUGCGAACAAAUGUUGCAUUUCAUGGGUCAGUGGUCGAUGAUUGCCCUGUUCCUGGAAUGGCUGUCAGCUUCCAAGUUAAAGAUUUUCUGCAUAUUAAAGAAAAAUUUAAUAAUGAAUGGUGGAUUGGUCGGUUGGUGAAAGAAGGUUGUGAUGUUGGCUUUAUUCCGUCACCAGCAAAAUUGGAGGCUAUGCAAAAUUUCGGUGCUAGAGGUAUGAGCAAAAGUUCUACAGGUAAUUUUGAUAAUUCACGAACUGGAAAUUCAAGGCCAUCAACACCACCAGCUGAUGGUGUCGACACAAUUAACAGAAGUUAUGAUGAAGACAGUAAUCCUAGACGAGAAACACCAUCCGGUAAAGCUUCCGUCAGUGCAAGAGGUGGUCGUAAGCCAUUUUUUAAGAAAAGUGAUAAUUUACCUCCUUACGAUGUUGUACCAUCUAUGCGUCCAGUGGUUCUAAUCGGUCCUUCGUUAAAAGGUUAUGAAGUAACUGACAUGAUGCAGAAAGCCUUGUUUGACUUUUUAAAACGGCGUUUUGAAGGAAGAAUUAUCAUAACUAGAGUGACGGCUGACAUAUCACUUGCUAAACGAUCCCUACUUAAUAAUCCUACUAGAAGAGCUAUUAUGGAUAAAUCUUCUACAAGAAAUCAAUCAUUAGAGGUUCAACAGGAAAUCGAACGCAUAUUUGAUUUAGCUCGUACACAACAACUCGUCGUACUGGACUGUGAUACAAUUAAUCAUCCAAGUCAAUUAUCUAAAACAUCUCUUGCACCAAUUACAGUUUAUUUAAAAAUAAGUUCAACAAAAGUACUUCAACGUUUGAUUAAAACACGUGGUAAAUCUCAAGCACGAAACAUGAAUGUUCAAAUGGUUGCAGCUGAAAAACUCUUACAAUGUACUAAUGAUCAGUUUGAUGUGAUUUUAGAGGAAAACCAACUUCCAGAUGCUUGUGAACAUUUAGCUGAAUAUUUAGAAGCGUAUUGGAGAGCCAGUCAUCCAACUGGUAAAGUCACAAAAGCUGAACGUAUCCUUGGAAUUGGGACAGGUGCAAGCUCAAAUCAAUCUACUGAAAACGAGACGUCACAUGGAACGCAUCGGCGUCAAAGUAAUGCAUUUAAAAAUGACAAAAGGAAAGGUAAAAUUGAUCAAGAUUAUAAUGGAUCUAGAGAUUAUUCAAAUUCAAUUUCUUCACCAAGACGAGGUUCAACUCAAUUCGAAAAUAAUAGACGACGUUAUGUAGAUGAACAAGAAUUACUUUCAGAUGAUGAUUACCGUUACAAACCACAUAAUGAAAUACGGACUGUUUGGAAUAAUACUGAAAAGAAUAUAUAUUCGCCAUCUCAUGAACAUCGUUUAUCGCCUAAUCAGGCAUUGCAACAUGACAGACAAAUGAAAGAAUCCAAUCGCAUAAAUCCUAUAUCUGUUGGAAUUCAUAACAGAUAUAAUCAUGAUCCACAAUAUGAUACUGAAGAAUCCGAUUCGCCUAUGGAGAAUGAUCGAUUUCUUGUAGACUCAGGUUAUCCAAAAACUAGAAGAAGUCGUCAAGGUUCAAUCAUGAUUUAA